AGCGAUUUCGUGAUUUCAAGAGCCUGUUUUAAAGCAUUUUUUUGACUACUGAAACAAUUUUUCGAAUCAACAAGUAACAAUCAUAUAAAUCUUAGACAUUUUAUCUUUGGAAGGAUGUGAUUAUCAUACUGAUUGUGUCACAUUUACCCGAAGGACAGUUACUCGGACCACAGCUAUCCGAAAGACAUUCACCCGAAUUACAAUCACCCGAAUGUAACAAAUAAUCGAAUGGAACAUCUACCCGAAUGCAACAUUCACCCGAAUGUAUCGGUUGGACUGUUGUAGCGGACCGGGUUUCCAAAGACAACCCGGAAGCUACGGCCAGCUCGAAGAAGGCUAAGCAGUUAUCUUUCUCACCCGACCUCUCUUAAGCGAUUGGCUUAAGCGCCACCUCUUUCGAGGACCAAUCGCCGCGUUCGUUGCCCAGCUAGAGGCCUGACACGCAGGCCUAAAUUAUGUCCUUUUAUAAGGAUCGGGGAACAAUCGAGCUGUACCAAUUCCAGCAAGUGAAGGCUGAUGGAAGACUCCCGCAGAAACACCAGAGGAAACGUUAAACGCCUGAGAAUCACUCCAAAUACGACGGAAAACCUCUACAGGGUUUUCUCAUCAUAGGAAAUGUUCAACAACAAUCCACCAGACUGGCACGGCCAUCUGGGAAACAAAAGUGCUGACAACAAGAAUUCCAGACAUUAACCUCGAUACACGGAUAACGUGAAAUCCUUAUGAAAAUAAAAUGAACAAUCACAAGAUCACAUUUAUACUAACGACUUUUAUUCAUAACAAACGACAUGACAACAACCUUUCUGAUUGAUGUGUGGACUACGAUUUACAAUUUCUACAUUUAUUUGUACACUUAACUUUGCUUAGAUCUAAGGGACAUCACAUAUGCACAUGGACAAACAGGGUACCUGGGGAGUGCGGUGAGGACACAAAUUUUCUCACCGACUCCUUCUGCUUCUUUGCGGCGGAUUCUCCGCCGGUUGGUAGCCUCUAGCGGGUCUGUUGAAGGCGCGAUGGUAACGGCGCAGCCUUUUCUCCGACGCGUUUUGGUUCGUCGGGUCUCGCCAAGAGGAGCUUCCCUAUUUUAUCAAUUUAUUCACAGUUAGAAAAAUGUCUCUAAGUUAUACAAUAUAUGUACCUGUUGUAGUCGCUUGUUUGCUCGUUAAAUUUUGUUGAGCGUUUGUUUGCUAACUAGGAACAAAUGAUGACACUGAAACAAUUCAACUUCAUCACCACAAAGACUUCACGUUAUAUAGAAAGAACUUACAAUUAGUGAUCGCGAACAAAACACACAAUGGUUCCGCAAUGUCGGACAGUUCUUGGCAAAAUGGUCGAAGAACAUUGUAGUCCUCAGAUAAACCGCAGGGUAUCUCGCGAUUCAGAGCUCAAGCUCAGCCGAAGACAAUUUCCCCAAAGCAUCCCCUUGUGUGCAUCUUGCUUCAACUAACCGUCCUUGAAUACGACCUUCUCAUUCCCCUCCCCAAACUCAAGGCAACGAAAGUAAGCGCUGCGCGAACAGACACUCAUUGGCCGAACAACUUUGGCGAUUGAGCUUUCGCCCUGCUCCAGGGAGGUGGGAUGGGAAAUCUGAGCUCUUGAGUAUACUUCCUGGAGUAUCUUUCAGAUUGAGUUGAGUUGUGACUUAGUGGCGGUACACUGUUAAUGUUUCAGUGUGAAUAUUUGAAUUUAAAUAUUUGAAUCUGACCUUUUUAAUAAUUACUAACUAUCCUAACCAAUAUAUAAAUAAAUGAGUAUAUAAAUAAAUAAAUAAAUAAAUAAAAAAGUAAAUAAAUAAAUACACCAAAAUAUUGUAAAUAAAUAAAUUUAGAAAUAAAUAAACAACACUCAAUAAAUAUGCCCACCAACAAUAAAUAAGUAGAUAAAUAAUCUGAAAACAUCACAUGACGAUAACAGUUGUGCCAACUGUUACACUGUAAUGCGCUGGUCGAUGUAGGGUGCUCGCGUUCUCAGCGGGAACCGAGCCGGGUGAGAGCAGGAACCGCUUCCUAUGAGGGCAAUUGGGCUGGACUUCUUGGAUUGACUUCGCCUCAUGAAGCCAACGACGCAGUUGGACUGGACUAGCUUGGCUAGCAGCAACCGCUUGCACUCGAUUAACCUUGAAAAAGACUUUUUCAAAAUGAACUCUUUUAGAAAACUUUUGACUCUUUUGAAUGCGGCAAUGGUGGAAAACCGGACGUUCUGAGGGUCGGAUACAAACACAGGAGACUUUGACUAUUUAUGCUUUCAUAUCUUUUAACUAAUGUUUUCUCUUUAUAUUGUUAAUUUUAAUUCACUUUGAUAUCCACUCUUUGAUUGUUGUACAGCGACUGAUGCGCUCCGUUGUGGGCGCCAUGGCCCGAAAUCUUCGAAGAUGAAAAGUGAAUAUCGACUAUAUACAGAUUUCUCAGUCGCUUCGCUUCGACUAGGACUACUUCGGCAUUCAUCAUCAACAUGAUUUGACUUGACUCGAAAAUGAAUUGACGAGCGUUGAGAGCGAAGAUGACUGAUGAAUUAUUCUAGUCAAUGAUUACAGACACCAUUUAUGGACGGUUUAUUGUAUACCCACCAUGAAAUCAAACCAACGAACUUAGACAGUUAGCGGGUAUGCUAUAAAAGUCCUCGCGUUAGUAUUAGUUAAUAGCAUGCAAAAUAGCGUGCAGUUUGAGAGGAAUUCUGAACAAAACUUUAGUUCACUUUGACUCCGAGAUCGAUUGUGAUAAAAAACAUACAGAAAAACGGGUUUAUAUCAACAAAAUUGAAAAUUUUUACAGUGGUUCUGAACGCAACACUGUACGCUAUUUUAUAUGUGUGAGUAAUUUUCGUGUACGAGACAAAAGAUCUAGCUCGAUUCGGAUUGCGUCAUCUCGGCGGCCUGGGGUUCGCCUCGGUUCCUUAUCCUCGUUAGAUGGAGAUUUCGCUCCCAUUACAUUGAUUUCAGAAUAAAUUUCAUCACGAAAUAAUAAAUUCAUGAUAAACAUUGUGCUGCGGUGGCAUUAUUACGGCGAUGUUGUCCGUCGUAAUCAUGGUGGUUUGCUUCGUGUGCUACUGCUGCCAUCGCAGCAUGAAGAAACGAUCCAGCUCUAUCUACCGGCAGCAGUGGCUGGAAAAUGAGGCUAAUAUGGACAUAUAUAGCGUCGAACAGUGUUACGACAUCCCCGCCGGGAUGGUGACGGCGACAGGACCGGGCGCUGGAAGUGGUCCCUUCUUUCUGGACAACGCCACCGGCAACGAGUACCAAUCGCUUCCGACGAUCAGCCCCCAUCAUCCAAAUGGUCCCCCGCCGAGUUACGACGCGGUGCUGGCACACGAUGAAAUGGCCGCAGAGGAAAUGGCUCGCCGUAAGAGCUGUGAAUUUGGUGCGAUAUCGUGUAACAGAGGAAGCACCAGAUAUGAUGGAUUAUUAUACGAUUCGAUUAGAAAUAAAAAUCAAAAACGAAGCCAGCAAUUGGCGGCGAAUCCGGAGGUGAGCAGUAUAUUUGGUUCGCCUGUUACAUGUGAUGAUAUUUGGAGAAAUGGUGCGAAUACCAACUGUCAUCUGACCGGACGUUUACAACUAUUUUGCCGGAAAUGCUGCCAAAUUGUCGACAGUGAGCUAAUGCAGGGAAAUGCGAUCAACAUCGACAGAAAUAAUCCCGCCGUAACUGGGGGCACAACCAGUGAUAGCGUGAAUGAUUGUGCGAGAACCAGAAACAACGGUGACAAUUUUUUAGAUUGUGUUGGCAGUUACAUCGGUGAUAUUAAUGGUAACAUGCAUGCUGCUGAUCGCAAUUGGUGCCCUCGUACGUUCUCAAACUGUCCCAAUCACAGCUCUAGAUUAAAUGAGUUAUUACAGGAUUUCCAAUUUCAUUCGGCUGCUGUUGCUGCUGCUAGCAAUGCCAGUUGCAACAGCAAUGAAUUCAAUUGUUCCGACUGCACCAACAACAAUGACAAUACUAACAAUGAGACGGGUCAGUGCAGUGCCAUUGUCCGAAACGAUGACGAUGAAGCGAAACAAAACGAAGAGAAGAAUAAUAAUCUUGAUGCGAGAGCAAUGUCGGGAUCCAUCAAAUCGAACAGCACUUCAAUUGGGGUUGCAGUUGACAGUGAUGAUAACCCUAAUUGCCCUGUUACUAACAAUAUCAAUUCGCCCGCUGGGGUCAGAUCUGCGCACAGUCGUGGCUGUAGACUCGCUGCCGAUCGCAACGGCAACGAAGCGGAGGACGCUACCAUGAGAAAUUUGGCCGAAAAUGGUGUUAUCAGACUAGACAUGAGCCAAAUCAUUGACCAAACCGGAUUACCCACAUACGAGGCUGCUUUGAAGUUGGAGUCCAGCGGGUAUGUCUAGAGUGAGUGUUAUCGUGUGUCGGCACGCAUCGCAAAUAUCAACUUGUUUUCACAGCGAUAAUAAUCGCGAUGGCCUUAACGUAAAUAAUAUGUAACUGUAAGAAAAAAUAGAAAGUUUUACAAAAAUAUUUCAAGCAAAUUGUUAGGCGAAAAUUAUUCAACCAUUGUGAAAUAUUGUUAAGAAAAUAUGAGUAGCAACUGUAUGUUUCAAUGAAAGGAUUAUAUUUCGCGGAUUACUAUAAAAUAAAAUGAAAUGAUUGAAUCGAUGAAGAA